CACUCUUUCCCGUUUGAUGCCGAAGUAUGUCCGAAAAUUUGCCUACGUAGGCACCAGGAAAGCAUUACUUGGAAACCGAAAAGUGUUUUUACGGAACAAUAUGCUUCUUUCUUGUGGCCACCUAGUAGUUUCGAUCGUUCUUGAUGGAAAUCAACGUUCUAUAAUUCUCGCGUGAGCUGAUGUGGCCAUCACAUCAGCUGUUGGCCGUUUGACAGUAAUUUCCUUGGCGUGAUUGGAAAUUUAAAUUUAGACAAAAAUUAACCGAUAGCGCGAGCUGCAUCGGAGAGGGAUAAUUUCGUGUUGACCUUGCGUUGGCAGUUUCAAGAAUUAGAGGCGAUUUCCGGCAGACACAAAGGUAUGAAUACAAUGAUAACAGGCCAUUUCAACGAACUCACUGAGUUGCUUAGAAACUUUAAUACGCUGAGGAAAUCGAGGAUGAAGUGAACUUUUUAUCAGUUUCCUGUCGGUUAUUCAUUCGUUUUGGUCACUCUUAGUGCAGUCGAUCACAGUAGCUAAGUUUGCUUCCUUUCGGUGACAUGACUGUAGGACUGACAUUUUUCAUCAAUCGAGCUACGUAAGUGCUUUGUUUAGGAUCACAGAAAGAGAGAGAUAGACUCUUUGACUAAAUAGAAAAUGAAAUAUGGAAUGAACUACUUCAAUCGUUUGAUCUGUUGUUGAGGGUUUAAAUCUCGCCUCACCAAAACACGAACAAGUCUGUUCAACUCCAGAGUGGCUUAGGCAUUUUAAAGAAAACAAGCUUUCUGUAAAUUAUUGCUAAAUUGAUCAUGAAUUUGUGCAUUACAAGAUUCGAUCAAAUAACGUGUUUAUUUAUUUAUGUCGGCUCCAUGUAGGAACAGGUGGGUCUUAAGAGAAACGCUGUUUCUAUGCUGGUAUGAACUUAUCCAAAAUUGUGUGUUGUUGGACCAGUACAAGCCUGCAAACUACUAAGAUUUUCACCUCCUAAAAGUUUGCCUUUACUUUGACCACACCCCAAUCAGACAUCUCUUUGAUAAUUUGGUUUGAUCAACUGAGUUAAUAUUGGAACUUGGCUAUUGUCAGUGUUUCUAAAGCGCACAUUUUGAGCAUGAGCCCUUUGUUAGAGCAAUAUCUCUUUGGUUUAACACCCCUCAUUUUUAAGUAGAGGAGUGUUUUCGUGUCCUCAAUUUAUGCUAGGGCUCAGAUUGUGGUAAUGGAUAAGCAAGAAAAUCUCUGCAAAGUUAUGGCACCAGAUAAUACUCCUACUGGGAUGUAGCUUGACCAAGUUUUGAACAGUCCAGUCCUGGAUGUUUGAACAUGCUAGAUAAACUGGUAAUAUUAGCUUUUAGCAUUGUGAUCCACUGAAUGGUCAAAGUACAUGAUGUACUAAAACCUAAAGCACUGCUCAAGAGAUAAUAGUUGAUUGUGACUCAGCAUCAAGAAUGAACUUAUCCACUGCUUAUAAUGCUUUAGAGAAAUCUAGUAUUUACAAGUCAAUCUUGUUUAAGGAUUAAACAUCUAGUAACCUAGCUUCCUAUGUUGCUCCCCCAAGAGAUUACUCUGAAGCAAACAUCUGUGUUUUUAAGGUACUUAACUGCAGGCUUGUCACCAAAAGUCUGUAGGUGGCAGAAACCUGCUCAGACCAUUUUGUGCGGGAUUCCUUCAAAUGUGAUCAAAGAUAGAAAAUAAGUAUUCUUGAACUGAUCCUAACAUCAAUGUCUGCCUAUUAAAGGGUUGCUCAAAUAUGUCUCUUAAUGCUGCAAAUCACAUCUCAGAGAGUUUCAAAUUUCACCUUUUGCGGAGGAGUUAGACUCCCCUUUGCAACAUGCCAUGCUUGCUAUGCAAGCCUAAUUAACUUCAACAGCCUACUCAGUUAAGAUCAUAUAUCUAUUUCAUUUUCUAAUGACAGCCCUGAACCGACAGGAAUAUCAGUUUGUUCUUUUCUGAGAACUUAAUAAUGUACACAGACCAACUACAUGUGCAUCAUUAAAGUAGAACAAAGAAAAAUGUAUACAACCUGGACAAUGCUCAAGUAAAGUAAAUUUGUAUAGUACAUGGGCUUCUUUGUAUGUUAAUUGGCGCAGAAAAUUCUGUACAAGACAUGUAAGUGUUUAACAUUAGCCUUCCUAACCUCUCCAUAAUUCUUGAAUAAGUGUGAAAAACUGUUAACAGAAUUUUCUUAUACAAUAAUAUCAUAUUGAUCUAUUUCCUCUAAAUGCUUCUAGGUUAUGAACUGAACAGAUGUGACUUAUUGCGUCCUCACAAAGGGAACAUUAGCACACCAUGGAUGGCCGACCUGGAAAGGUAAUAUAGAGAGUAAGAUCUAUGUGUAUAACAUCCUUACAUUUAAUAACAAACUACUUUAGUUGUGUUGGAGAUGUUAACAUCAUGAAAAAGUUGCCAUUAGUUUUCUUUUUUCUUCUGUCCAUCCUUUUCAAUUUACUGAGUCCUGUUUUUACAAAUUUUUUCUGGGUCUAAAUGUUUACUUCAUGGUAAAGUUGCUACAUAAGCUUCAGAUUCAAACUAUUUAACAAAUGAAAUUUGUCAAAGAAGGAUGAUUAAAUGUUUUUCUUCUAAUAUUUCACCCAAUUUUAUGGUUUUCAAAGAUUUGUUACAGGCCUCAGAAAAAAAAAACAUGGAAACAUGAUCAUAGGUUGGAGAGUUUUGAUCCAAAUGUCACAGUUAUCUUGGAGGAAUACUACCAGAUGAGUUCUUUGCAUGUAUUUUAUGCUAUUUUUGAACAAUGAAUAUGGAACUUUCAGCUUUAAAUAUUAGUCUUGCAGACUAAUACUGCAGAUAAUUUACCAAAACAAUGUUUUCAUCUUUAAAGGUUUUUGACAGAGGUAAAAUAAUUUGUUGACUGAAACACAAUUUAGUUUAUUGUUCAAUUGAAAAUUAGGUCAAUUUUCACCUGUUGCCUUUUAAAUACAUCUGUUUCCUGAACUUGGUAAUGUAAAUGACAAAAGGUAAGCAUUGCUGGUAAAUUAAAAAGAUAUUCUUUCAAAUUGGUAUCCCAUGACUGUCAUAUUGGCGACACACUCUACAAAUCAUACUAUUUUAACAAUUACCCAGUGUUAGGAUAAAAAAUUUUCUUGUCAAUGCAUAUUAAAAAAAAAAACAAUAUAUGAUACUUAAAUCCUUUAACUCUUGUGAGUGAUCAAAACAGAAUUUCUCCUUACAAUAUUGAUACAAUAUCAAUCAUUCAAGUCUUGAGAAUUAAGAAAAAUAUCAAGUAAGGGAUCAUUAGUUGAUCCAUCUCCAAAUUCCCUUAAGUAACAUUAUAAGAAUUGUAUUGCAGACAGUAGAGAGAAAUGAGACUUUGGGAGUCUGUUUUACUGUUUCUACUCAGUUAGCCCUUUUGCUACAGAAGUGCUAAACAUCAGCUCUUGGCAAUGUCUAUACAUUUCUCUUGACUUUAUUUUUAGAAUUUUUUUUUAAAUAAAACAAUACACCUCUUGGCUAGGUAUAUUUUUCCUUCUUCAUAUCAAUUUUCAGCCUUUGAAAGGAGGAAUACCGUUUUGGUCACUUCUUUUAGUGAAAUGGUUAAAUGAAUGAUUUCUACGAAUGAAGUAUUCUAUUUUUAACACCCUUUAACCAACUUUCCAAAGUGAUUAAGACUAACUUCUCCCUUUAAUAUCCAUAUAUUAUCAAGGAAACAGGUACUAAGAAUAAUCAAACUUAUCAAGUAAAAGUUAUGAUCUUGAUCUAACACCAAAUUCUCAUAACUAAUUUACAAGCAAAUAUGUAGCAGCCAGAGGAGAGAAUCAACAAUCAGAUCUUGGGAGUUAAGAGGUUAAUAUCAUAAUGUUGUCAUCUUCUUUUAAAAUUUUUUAUUUUGCAGGCAGGGAAUAAUUCAAAGCUAACGGGAAAAUACAUCGCUGGACGAGGAAGAGCCCUCAAGGAAUUUUCAAGGACACAGCCUAAAGCAGAGGUUAUAAAUAUACAUUAUUCUCACUAAUACUGAAGUUAAUUAUGUUACUUAACUAUGAUUUUGAUAAUUUAAUGUUUGGCUGAUGUUUUUAUUAUCCAACCAAACAUUAAGAAGGGUGCUCAACUGAAAUGAAAAACACACUUCCUGUAGUGGUAUUAUUAAUAAUGCAUCUAUUAUUGACAAAAUAACAAGAAAGAAAGAACACCUUUGAAAACAAGAAAAAAGGCUCAAGAAUUGCCAAUCAUUGGGCCAAUAGUCACGCAAUAGACUUUGAUAAUGCAUCUAUUAUCGACAAAGGCGGUUUCAGAACAAGAAAAACACUAGAAGCGUGGCAUUCCAAGUUAACAAAUUUCCUGUCCUUUGCCCGGACAAUACAACAUUCUUUUUAACAAACAUUCUUAGUUAUCACCAUUUUUAAUUUUUACUUUGUACUUCACACCUAGUAUUUUUUACCUUUUUAUCAUUUUACCCGUUGAAGGCUGUAGCGCAAACAGCCGAGAGCUCGUAUUCUUUAAAGUUUUAGCCAGAGAUCGUUUUUUAAAUUUCAUAAUAUCCACACUGUUUUGAAGACAUUUUCAAUGAUACUGACAAGGAAAAUUUGUCCAGCAAUUAUAAGCUUUUUCAGCUCCAAGGAGAUCAUUUCCUUUUUCCUUUAUUAAUAUUUGAUUCAGAAUUAAUGCUACAGGUUCCAUUCCAUUGACAAAAACAGUCCCCAGCUGAUAUUGGUAACAAUAGUUUACAUGGUGAGGCCAGGACUUGCACUCCAUGUAGUAGAAUACUGUACUUGUUCUGUAGACUGCUGAGUCCAAAACAGAUCUUGCACGUGUUUGGACCAGCUGUUAUUCAGAAAUGAAAGUCAAAAUUUGAAUGGCAGUUAAUAUUUAUAUUAUUAACAUUAUAUUAAUAUAAUAUUAACUGCCAUAUAUUAGUAUAAUAGAUAUAUGUAAUGAAAAACGCCGCACAGAUCUAUUGUGAAUCAAAGAUUACUAGUAUUAAUAGUUGAUAGUUACCCUUAUUUCUUGUUAUCUGUCUACAUGGCAAUGUAUUAAGAAUAUUGCUUGUGGUAGACCUAUACAUUCAUACCAAUUCUGGAAUGUCUGAGUUUGAACAGAAGGGAAAUGAUAAAGACUCAAAUGAUGGUUUAUUUGAUCAUAUUGCAGACAGCAUCUUGGAAGCAUGUUUUUUUUGCUGAGUUUUACAAGAGUCACACCUUUUUUAAUCUUUGGUUUUGUUUAUAGGAGGUUGAAAGAAGAAAACAAGUGCAACAAUUGUUUCUGAGUGGACAAUUAAAUGUUAUGCUGGAUAAGGUAACUAAACAUGUAAGAUUCAUAUGAAAUCACUAAAAAAUUCACAAUCUUCCAUUAUCUGCUCCUUCAAUCACAUGCAAAAUAAAUCACAAUUGCAACUUUGGUAGUGAAAACACAUCCUCACUAGUUAAUUGACUCAUCAUAAUAUUACAAUUGCCUGAUUUAAAUUCUUUUUGUCUGUCAUCUUUUAACUAUCUGGUGACUUAACAUUGUUACCUUUGUCUUCUCUGUAUAGUUAAAUGGUACUGGUAUAAAUGGAAGCACUUCAGAUUCCAUGUCAUCCUCCUCCAGCCAGUUACAACUGGAUGAGAUGGAAAUUGAUUCCUAUACAGAAUUAAAUGAUGAAAUAAAUAGUUCAAAGGCCCCAAUGCAAAGUGCACAGUGGCAAAGGGACAUGAAAACAACACCUGCGUUUCAUAAUGACCUUGAAAACCACAUAAACAGAUUGAAUAUUGAUAGCAGUGAAGAUGGUGCUGCAAAUAAUAAUCUUCCUCCAAGAUUCAGAAACAAACAGCUUGGAAAGCACUUCAAAAAACAAAAGCCACUAUCUAGAUUACCAAACAAGAGUGUAAAUGAGCAUCUGUUAAAGAUGGGAGUGAGCCAGGAAUGGGAUAAUUCUAAUCAAACAAAAAGCCAAGAUCCUGUGAUUGCAGCAAAUUACAACACUGAGAGCAUGAAGACAAAUACAAAUCCUUGGGACGAUUGGGAGAGGUUGGUUGUGGCUCCAGUACAUGUCAUUGAUGAUGAAGAUUUGGAUGAAAUUAUUGCCAUUACUGAUAAUGAUAACUUGGAUGAUGUUAUGGUACAACAAUAUGUCAAUGCUCUUCAUCAGGAGAAGGCAUCUGGUGCUUUCAAAGCCAAUCGUUCAAAGGCCACACCCAGCCGCAUUCAAGCCAUUGGUAAUCUCAAGUCAACUACAAAUGCUGAUUCUUAUCAGGUUCCUCCAGGUACUAUACCAAACCCACCCAAAGGACCAGAUCGCUGGGGUGGCAAGGAACUCAAAAACAUUGACGGUCCCACAGGUUGGGGUGAACUUGUUGAGGAUUCUGGAAAUUGGUAUGAUGAUGGAUCCAGUUGCUGGUCAAGGACAUCACCUAACACAGAGGUAAUAUUUAAUUUUUUAUUAAUGGUUGGUAGUUAACUAAAAAGGAACUAAACUUGUGACUAUUUUCUUUUCCACAGGACUCUACAGACAAAUGCAUUGGUGCUGGUACAUGGGACACUGUGUCAUCCCCCACACAGGUACUACUUAAAGAAGCUAAAAAUGACUCUUCUAUGGAUUUAACUGGUGCCACACACUGGUUAAAGGUGCCAGUGGAAAGCACAGAGUGGCAGAAAGAAAUGAAAACAGCAGCUAAACCCCAUAAUAACCAGGAAGACAACAAAGACAAAUUGAAUACUCCUGGAAGUGAAGAUGCUUCCUCAUUGAAUAAUCUUCCUCCAAGAUUCAGGAACAAACUGGUAGGAAAGAACUUCAAAAAACAACAAUCACAGCCUGGUAAACCAAACAAGAGUGUUAUCGGUGGACAACAAUUUGAGAUGGAAGCCAGCCAAGAAUGGGGUAAUCCCAACGAAUCAAGAAAGCAGGAACCAUUUCCUGUGAUGCCAGCAAAUCAUAGUAACCAGAAGACAAGUUUAGAUAUUUGGGAUGAUUGGGAAACAUCAGUUGUUGCUCCAACACAUGCAAUUGAUGAUGAAGAUUUGGAUGAAAUUAUGACCAUUACUGAUAAUGAUAACUUGGAUGAUGUUAUGGUACAACAGUAUGUCAAUGCUCUUCAUCAGGAGAAAGCAUCUGGUGCUUCCAAAGCCAAUCGUUCAAAGGCCACACCCAGCCGCAUUCAAGCCAUUGGUAACCUCAAGUCAACUACAAAUGCUGAUUCAUAUCAGGUUCCUCCAGGCACUAUACCAAACCCACCCAAAGGACCAGAUCGCUGGGGUGGCACGGAACUCAAAGCCAUUGAUGGUCCCACAGGAUGGGGUGAACUAGUUGAAGAUUCUAGCAAUUGGUACGAUGAUGGAUCCAAUCUGUGGUCAACAACAGAGCCCCAAGCAAAGGUUAUAAAAAUAUGCAUUGAUAGUACAAUUAAUUGUGUAUGAUUUUCAUAAUUUACAAAAGUUUGAUAGAGAGCACCCCCAGUUAGUGAUUUUCAGAAUUUUCUUUUAAAGAUUUUGCAAGGAUUUGUACUUAAUUAGAUGCAGUCCUGUGCUAGUUGCUUAGCAGGCCGAAUUUCAGCUGAGGUAUAUUAGUGGAUUUUGCAACUAUAUUACCUAAGAAUUAAAGCUAUUUGUACGUAGGUAUGUAUGUAUGUAUACUUAUGUGACAACUCUUCUAAUUGGGAUUGUUGGGGCCAAUACAAACAAAUUAGAUACAAACAUUGUGAAUAAACAUCAUGUUUAAAAAUCACAACUGGCUGGAGGCAGACCAGUUAGCUACAUACAAAGUGUACCAUGGAGUUGAAUAUGGGGAAACCAAGAACAAAUCCAUGGAGUAGCAGGAUGGAGGGUUUGAACAUGGGACCACUAGAUUACAAGUCCAGCAUGUUAACCAAUCAGCCACAGUGUCUCCUCCUCCUUGUAUGUCUUUGUUCUAACUGACUGAUCUAUGCUUAAUCAAAACUAUAACAAAAUUCUUGAACACGAUUGGUUAUCACCAACCCAAUGUGAGCACUAAUCAGUGUGUACACAUCAUAGCUGUAGUUAAACAAUGUAAUAGGACAGUCGACAUGUCACGUCUGUGUAACUGGACAGCAUGUGUAAUGUUUGCACACUGUUGUUGAACAUUUUGCAGAGUUAACUGUUGUUGUUGUUUUUUUUUAUGAAAAACAUACAACCAAUGUCUAGAUUCUUUCUUAAAUUUUGUCAUAGUUUUGGUUAAUUGGUAACAGGACUUUGUGUCAUCCAAUACUGUCUGUCACCAUACUUGUGAUUAACAAAUCACUCGUAUGAUUACAGACUGAACUGAACUCCACCCGGUCCUCUUAUUAUUUAGUAGUCAUCAGGUUACCGUAAAAAAAAACUCUUAAUGUGCCCUUAAAAUGGCUUCUUCUUCUCAGGAAACUGUUGACAAAUGCAUUGGGGCUAGUAAACAUGGAAACACUGGUGACUUUGUUUCCUCCUCCUCUAGCCAGCUACAACUGGAAGAGACUAAAGUUGACUCCUGUGUGGAUUCCACUGGUGACAUCCACUGGUCAAGGACCUCAAUGGGUAGCCCACAGAGGCAAGGAGAUAUUAAAACAACAUCUCUGUUUCAUAAUGAACUUGAAAACAACAUCAACAAAGUAAAUGUUGCUCCAAAUGAAGACCAUGAUUCAAAUAAUAAUCUUCCUCCAAGAUUCAGAGAUAAAAAGUUUGGAAAGUACUACAAAUCACAAAAGCCACAGCCUGGACAGCCCAAAAAGAGUGUGAAUGCACAGCAAUUUGAGAGGGGAGCAAGCCAGGAAUGGGAUAAUCCUAAUUGGACGAAAAAACAGGAACCAUUACCAGCAAAAUUUAAUACUCAGGAGACAAAUCCUGAUUCUGACCAUUUUCCUCCAGGUACUAUACCAAACCCACCCAAGGGACCAGAUGGUGGCAAGGAACUCAAAGGCAUUGACAGUUCCACAGGGUGGGGUGAACCUGUUGACAAUCCUGGAAAUUGGUAUGAUGAUGGAUCCAUUUCUUGGUCAAACUCUUCUACUACAAGUGGAGGAUGGAGUUGGAACAGCUGAUCUGAAGCACAAAUUAUGUAGCCUUUGGCCUGUGUGGCUGGGAAGGUGCUAUCUGCUUUACCAUAAACCCCUGCUCCCCUGAAUGUGAGAAAUUUCCUAUCUGGUAACUUAGCCAAUCAUAAUCUAUCACUAAUAGAUAAAAUUUUUUGUUUGUGAAAAUGCGUGAAGCAAAUGCUCUGAGGGUUCCUCAUUAUAUGACGGUUGUUGACUGAAGGGAAAAAAAUAAGUACACUCUGGUGAGCAGGUACCCAUAUUUGUAGAAUUAACUGCAGUGGCCAAAAUUACCACCUGUGCAUUGAUAUUUUGAAGUUAUUAUAUAAUGGUUUGAAAUCUCUAUCAUUCAUUUAGGGUAAUUUUCCAUUAAUGUUCUUCUCAUCAAAUUAUUAUACUAUAGAAAAUACAAUUAAUAUCAUGAUGAUCAUCUUUUUACAAAGAAAAUGGUUUCUUUACAUAGAAAUUUAAAAUGUCUUGGACUAUUUUCUAAAAUCCCAAGGUUUUAUUUUUUUAAAUUUUCCAUUAGUUGAAUAAAAUUUCCAGUAAUUGUACAAAAGGAAUUUCUACAGAAUUUGCUUUUCAGACAACAUUUGUACUCACAAAGGAGGUGUUCACAGAGGUUUGAGGCAAAAAAACUGUUGGUCUUUUUAAGUAGAGCUCUUUCCUUUGUAUAUAAAAAAGAGCAACAUACUUUCCAUGUUUUGUCAUAGUAAAAUGCAAGGUGGGAUGCUGCAACUGCAAAUAUUGCAACUACUGCUGUUCAUUCAAGUGAACAUUGUUUAUUUAAAAUUUACAUCAUUCAAACUGUUCAGACAGUGAGAGAAUUGUCUUUUUGUUAUACAGUACCAUUAUUUAUGGCAUCUGCUAAAAGAUUCAGAUAACAGUGGGAUGCUCAAACAAGAACAUGUCCUGUGAAUGAUUCUUGUUCAAAACAGUGCAAUAUGGGAAAGUAGGAACACCUGAGCUUCAGUAGACUUCACUGUAAUAUAGAAGUUUUGAGAGAAUCUUAAACAUUUUUUAAAUUAUUACAAACUCUUAAAUGCUGGUCAAUAAGAAUAGCUGUAAAACUGUAAUUAAAGGGACGAAGGAUAAUUUAGGAUUGCAAAUGAUAAACAUGAGAAAAAUGUAUGCUAAAUUCCUUAAAAUGGAAAAUAGAAGCAGCCCAGUGGUUGUAAAUGCCCUUGCCUUUUAUUGACUGUAUUGUGUUGGCAUAUAACAUGCUCAUGGUCUCACAAUGGUCUUUACUGCACUUUGCAAUAAAAGAAUACUUAAGGUGUUCAAAUUCUUCUUUGAUUUUUCUCACAGAAGUAGUAAGCUGAUACAGUGUGGGACUUAGGUAACCCUUUACACCCUAACAUCACUAUACAUAUUCUACAUACUCUCUCUAUGCAUUUCUUAAGGUGCUGACAACAAAAGAUUCUGUGUGGCAAUGAAGAGCUUCUUGAAAUGAUCAUCAUUUCCUUAUUCUGUGACUUUAAUUUUUAAUUCAAGGGUGAUAUUGUUAGGGAAAAUGAGGUGCUGGCCAUUCUUAGGGGGUUAAAUUGUUCAAAUAAAUAAAAAAAUUUAGCCUUAUGAAUUGAGUUCACAAGGGCACACAGAGUCACAUGGACGUGAAUUAUGUUUCACUGCCAGUCUGGUGAUUGAAUAGAAAUAGGAGGUUACUAUGAAAUUUCUAGUGAGGGUUUUCCCUAUGGUGUAUUGUCACUAUCCUUGGAUAUGUCAUUAUUAAAGCAGCGAGUCAUCAUCCUUGAUGCCUGUAAAGAUUGAUUAGGUUUGUCAUGUAUUGAAAAUCUGCGUAUGUUAACAAUUUUUAAAGCUUUUUGUUAUUUUUGUAGCAACAUUAUUUAUCAAUAAAAUUGAUAAACU